UUGCUUUCAUUUAUCUUAAAAAAACUGAUUGCAUGACAACCUCAGUGAGUAAAGGUGGAUCUGAAGCGUUAACGCAUGUCUGCAAUCCUCUUAUUUUGUCCCUGACCAAGUAUGGAUUAGAUUCAUCCGCGGGUCACUUUCAAAGGACUCUGAUUGAAUAGAGAAAGAUCUAGGCCUGUGGAUAUUUUUGAGAAGAUUAUACAAAUAUUUAACUUUUUUGUUUUAUCACGUUAUCAUUUAAUUAUAUUGAAACUUUUCAAAGAAAACCAGGAACUGUGAUAUAACGGGAAUAAGAUGAACACUUAACUCUACAGGAUACAAUAUAGAGUACAAUAAUUUUCCAAACAGUGAAGUUGGAGAUGUUGUUGAUGAUGAGGUGUGAAUUGUGAAGACGCAGAAAGAUAACGCUGGAUUGAUGACUGCAGACAUUACGCUGCUCUCCAGGGUGCUGAAGUUGAAGUCUCUCAGCUCCACUGACGAGCAUCAUCAAACUGUUGUUUGUGAAUAUCGGAUUCACUCACAUUUAUUUGUGCUACCACAGAACGAUUGAUGUCAAAUAAACAUCGUGAAAGAUGCAAAUGUAACUCUUUCAAGGAUUUUACGCGCAGCCAGUUAAACCACUUUACGAAAGAUACGCACUGGAGGAAAUAUGUGGAAAUGUUUUUAUGCAUCCAGUGACAGAAAAAAAUAAUGUUUCCAGGUGUCCCCUUGUAACAUCCAUCUCUCAUAACGGCUCCUAAAGGAAGACAAUGCAACAUAUUCACCUCCCAUUCGGAGGUUCUGUAUGGGAGUUAUUGAGUUACCAUUGUUGCCCCAUCCUCAGAAACAGACACAGCCUCUCAACCCUCCCAUUUUACAGCAUUCAACUAUGGAUUAUUCUUGGCAUUUUGUCAGUUCCAUGCUGUGUUCAGUGUCAGAUUUUCAAAGUGGGAGUCUUAGGGCCUUGGAACUGUGACCCUUAUUUCGCAAAAGCACUACCUGCUGUAGCAUCUAGACUGGCCAUUGGUCGCAUCAACGAGGAUUUCAGUUUAGACCUGGGCUGUACGAUGGACUUUGUCAUCCUUCAAGAGCCAUGCGAAACAUCGAAAGCAUUGACUUCAUUCAUACAAUAUGAGAACAUAGCGGAUGCAUUUGUAGGCCCUACAAAUCCAGGAUACUGCAACGCAGCAUCUCUUAUGGCCAAGAAUUGGGACAAAGCUAUAUUUUCAUGGGCCUGCAUUAACUACGAGUUAGACCGGGUCGAGGGCUACCCAACAUUUGCACGUACUUUACCAUCUCCAACCCGGGUGCUAUAUAAUGUUCUCAAGUAUUUCAGAUGGGCUAACGUGGCCGUUGUGUCUUCUAAUGAGGAUAUAUGGAUUGACACUGCCACCAAAGUGGCCAAUGCCCUCAGAAACCAAAGGCUUCCUGUUGGCAUUGUUACGUCCAUAGGGAAUAACGAUACCAUGAUGGAGAACACAUUGUUGAGCAUCCAAAACGCAGGACAGAUUAAAGUGAUCAUUAUGUGCAUGCACUCAGUGCUCAUUGGAGGUGAGCAACAAGCAUCUUUUCUGAUGAAGGCGUAUGAUAUGGGGCUGACAAAUGGACGCUAUGUGUUCUUACCAUACGACACUCUCCUGUACAGCCUGCCGUACACCAACACCACCUAUUUCCCAUUACAAAACAACACCAAACUACGCAAAGCCUAUGAUGCUGUUCUCACCAUUACCGUUGAGUCGGAGUUGAUGUCGUUCAAUGAAGCGUUCAAUAUGGCCAAAAUGCUUGGAGAACUAACCGUGUCUCAGGAGCCACAACAGGUCUCUCCACUUUUUGGUACCAUCUACAACAGUUUGUACCUCAUUGCCAAGUCCAUGCACAAUGCCAGAAGAGCAGGUAAGUGGCUGUCUGGGAGCAACCUGGCCUUCUUCACAAAGAACAUCACGUUCACUGGGUUCAACCAGAACAUCCGUGUUGACGCCCAAGGAAACGGGCAGACCAGCUAUGUUAUUUUGGACACUGAUGGGUGGGGAGCUCAGCUUUAUCGCAGCUUUCAAGUGGACCUGACUUCAGACAUAGUCCUGUUUGCCGGCACGUCCAUACAUUUCCCUGGAGGAUCCCCGCCGCCUUCAGAUUCUAGCUGCUGGUUUGACCCCAAUACUAUCUGCACAGGAGGUGUGGAAAUAAUAUAUGUCGUCAUAGCUUUUGUCAUUGUAUUAACUUUAGUUCUCGGUUCUGUUGGCCUAACUUUGUUCGUAAGGAGGCGAAUCCAACAAAUCCAGCUGAUUAAAGGACCCAACCGAAUCUUGCUUACACUUGAUGACCUAACCUUCAUCAACCCUCAACUGAGCAAGAGGAAAAUCACCCUCGAGGAUCUAAGUGAUUCAAAAAGUUACAUUGAUGAGAAAAGCACAGGGGGUCGCUCUCGGUCUAUCAACAGUAUGGCAACAGCAACACAUGAAACUUCAAAUGUGGCCGUCUAUGAGGGGGAUUGGGUUUGGCUUAAAAAAUUUAAGGAGGGACAUUUCAAGGAGGUCAAACAAAGCACCACUAAGAUAUUUACCAAGAUGAAGGACCUACGAAAUGAAAAUGUGAAUCCGUUUUUGGGGUUCUUCACCGAUUGUGAGAUGUUUGCCAUCGUCACUGAACACUGUUCUCGGGGAAGUCUACAUGAUCUUCUUCGCAACGAAGACGUCAAACUGGACUGGAUGUUUAAAUCUUCAUUAGUUUUGGAUCUUAUUAAGGGCAUGAAAUAUCUUCACCACAGGGAUUUCCCUCAUGGGCACUUGAAAUCUCGUAACUGUGUGGUAGAUGGACGCUUCGUCCUAAAGAUAACAGAUUAUGGUUACAAUGAGAUCCUUGAGACGCAGAAGGCUCCAAAAGAAAAUCCACCACCAGAGGAUCUCUUCUGGACAGCCCCUGAACUUCUUAGAGAUCUUGAAAAUCCACGAAAAGGAACGUAUAAAGGAGAUGUGUAUAGCUUUUCGAUAAUACUUCAAGAAGUCGUUGUCAGAGGAGGACCCUACUGCAUGCUCGGAUUGUCUCCUGAAGAAAUAAUAAGGAAGGUGAAGAAACCUCCACCUAUGUGCAGGCCUACUGUAGCUCCAGAUCAAGCUCCACUGGAAUGCAUUCAGCUGAUGAAACAGUGCUGGGGUGAACAACCUGACCGAAGACCUUCAUUUGAUGAGAUCUUUGAUCAGUUCAAACUCAUCAACAAGGGCAAAAAGACCAAUAUCAUUGACUCAAUGCUGCGUAUGCUGGAGCAAUAUUCCUCAAAUCUGGAGGAUCUGAUUAGGGAAAGAACGGAGGAGCUGGAGGUGGAGAAGCAGAGGACAGAGAAGCUUCUAGCUGAAAUGCUUCCUCCUUCUGUGGCAGAAGCUUUGAAAACCGGUGUCUCCGUCGAGCCAGAAUAUUUUGAUCAGGUCACCAUCUACUUCAGUGACAUUGUGGGCUUCACCACCAUCUCAUCCCUUAGCGAUCCAAUCGAGGUUGUAGACCUGCUUAAUGAUCUGUAUACUCUAUUUGACGCUGUGCUGGGAAACCAUGAUGUCUACAAGGUCGAAACAAUUGGAGAUGCCUACAUGGUGGCCUCGGGGCUGCCGAAGAGGAAUGGCAAUAAACAUGCGGCAGAGAUUGCAAACAUGUCCUUGAACAUUCUCAGCUCGGUGGGAUCCUUCAAGAUGCGGCACAUGCCGGAAGUACCGGUCAGGAUACGGAUCGGCGUUCAUUCCGGGUCAUGCGUUGCUGGGGUCGUGGGUUUAACUAUGCCAAGAUACUGCCUUUUUGGAGAUACAGUCAACACCGCCUCUCGUAUGGAAUCUACAGGGUUGCCUUACAGAAUUCAUGUGAACAUUAGUACAGUGAACAUUCUUCGAUCAUUAAACGAUGGGUACAAAAUAGAAGUUAGAGGAAAGACUGAGCUGAAGGGUAAAGGUAUAGAAGAAACUUACUGGCUUGUUGGAAAAUCAAAUUUCACAAAGCCUUUGCCAAAACCACCAGAGAUGAAACCAGGGGAAGACAACCAUGGUUUGAGUCCUGAGGACAUUGAGGAUUACAAGAGAAGGAAAGCUGAGAAAAAAGCAUAGCCACAUGCAAGGAGAGAUAACUGGAAAGACAUGGUGACAGAGGAAAUCAAGUCAAUAUUUCGCAAGGCCAACAGGCAGGUGGACAAGCCCAAAAUUUGAGAAGCUAAAAGGAGGAUGACCAAGAAGGAAAACCACACAAAGGACAUUACAAGCAUGUGUGUAUCGCUGCAGCUUACUUGCAGACUUCUUUAAUGAGAUUGUUGGCGUCUGUAUAAUCCGACUCUGCCCAGCACAGCAGAAACAACAGCGCUAAUGAAAUAGCAGCUAAGGAACGGGUUGUCAGUGAAAGUGUCAUUUUUUCCCAGGGUCCGAAUCUGUCCCACCUGCUCUGUUUCGGCUACAAUGAAGUGGCCCUGUGUGCAUCCGAUACCGAAGGUGUUUUUACAUUUUGUGUUUUUCACACGUUUUACUUAAUGAUGUUUUUUAAAUUGAUUUAUUUUGAUCUAGUCUUACCAAAAAGCAAGAUAGUGACAUAAUCAGAUUUGGGUUAAUGGACAUCUGUUGCAAAGACCAAAUGCAAUAUUCUAGUGAUGUGAAGGCUAAAUUGACUGAAGCUGGUUGAUUUGCAAGCAAUUACUAAAGUGAGCCUGUUGUAAAUUAUUGCUUGAUAAAGUGGACUGAAAUAUGUGACUAUUUAUGCUGAAUCUGAUAAGUUGCUAUUUUGCAAAUUGAAAUGCAGUAAUUCUGUGAAUUCUAUAGAUUUAUGCAAAAUAUAUUUAUAUAUGCAGAAGUAUCCUUUAUUUUAGUUGUACCUUGCUAUAAUAUAGAUUUACAUCACAAAUUAAAACUUGAUAUCUGCUUUUCCUGGACAUAAUAUAUUUUUAUUUUCAGUAUCUUUGUUUGUUAAAUGGUCCUAUCUGUCUCAAAUAAAGCACAUAUGUUGUGUUUAAAUGGGAUUAUAUUAAACAUGUAAGCUGUGUUUA